AUGAGCGCCCACGUCGUUGUGAUCGACGCGACGGCCAGGCGGGCAACGAUCAAGACGACACCGUCCACGCACCUGACGGAUGUACUGCAAGAGGCUUGCAAGAAACUUGGAUACAAUGCUAGCCAAUAUGGACUAAAGCAUAAUCGAAAGCAGCUGGACCUUUCCCUCACAUUUCGCCUUACGGGCCUAAAAUCUGGUGCGAAGCUCGAGCUUGUGCAGCAAUCCCGCUCACCGUCUGUUGUUACGAUCGCUCUCCAACUUCCAGAGUCUGAAGCCCGCGGGGCACCCAACGGCCGAAUCCUGGACAAGUUUCCAAGUACAACUACACUCUGGCUAGUCCUACGCAAGUUUGAAGCUGGCGUUGCGGGAAGUAACUCAGUGAGGAAUCUUACAGCGCGUGGCGCACCAGACCUCUCUGCUGGGGGUGGUGGAUCUGCUCGUUUGUUCUAUGAAAUCCCGGUACUCCAAGUUCUGGAUCGUGAGCUGUCAAGCUUCACCGAUCUACAGAAAUCCCUUGCGCAGCUUGGAUUUAACAGCGGCAAUAUUCUGAUACGCUUGAGCUUCCGCCGGACAGAAGAGCCUCUUGAAGAGGCAAUGGUCAAGAUCGGCGAAUACUUCAAGUCGGCCGGGGAAGAUACAGCACCUCCAACUCAGAACCAAGCUUCCGCUCCUAUUGAAGGGAAGACGGAGGAGCAAACUCAAACUCCUUCUUCAUCCGGACAACCCGAAGCCUCUAACGAAAUGGCCCCUCAACCCCCGGCAGACCAUGAAACGCUCCCAGAUGCCCCCCAGGAGCAGCCGGCCUCGGCCUCAAGUUCAGGUCGCCCGGUCACUGUCUUCUCUCCUCCCUCCACCAGCACCCCGUCAUCCGCUCAGAUACCCCAUAAUGAGGAAGACUACAUUCCUUCGGUUGAACAUGCGAAGGCCCAUCAGCGACAACUGAACCAGUCAUCUCGCAACCAACGUCUUCCGACAGAUGCUGAAAUCGAAGCAAAAGCAGCCGCUGAAGAGAAGCGACGUGCUGAGGUUCGCGAAGUUGACGUGAAGGUGCGCUUUCCAGACCAGAGUCAGGUGGUAUCUAAGUUUGGACCCGCGGAUUCAGGCCUGUCUCUCUAUGGAUUCGUUCGCAGCUGCUUGGAUCCUGCGUUCGCGAAAGAGAAAAUCAUUCUGAACGUGUUCGUCAACCCAGCGCUAGGCCGCUCAGGACAUGCAACCACCAUUCCCGAGUCGGACCGGCUUUUGAUUAAAGACCUGGGAUUGUCAGGCCGCGUUCUUGUCAACUUCACUUGGACUGAUGCCGCUAGCGCUGCUGCUCAGCAGGGCCGGUCUAGCAUCCUCCGUCCUGAGCUUCGGGACCAAGCUCGGGAGUUGAAAAUCGAACAGCCUCGGGAUAUUGUAGAUGAACCUGCGGCGCCGGCUUCAUCCUCCAAGGACGCAGGUCAUAGUGGAUCGGGAGAGCCCACCAAGUCGGCUGGACUGAAGAAGAGUGGUGGCGUACCAAAAUGGUUGAAACUGCCUGGAAAGAAGUGA